UAUCGUGACAAUCCUCGAGAUUGUAUAUGCGAUUCCCGCUGAUAUGGGCUACUCUCGAUUCUUUGUCCAUCGCCGUUUUCACUGAGAACGUGAAAGGGUCGGCUUCGUCGUAUAACAAAUUCGCUUCGUACGUCCCUGCUGAGCAGAGGUACCCGGAAGCAACGAGUGAUGGACUUCCUAUCAAAGUGCCUCUGUCGAGACAAGUUUCUCAUGCGGGGUCACUCUGUUACGGUAAUCACUCCAUGGACAUUUCUGGCCAGACUUCUAUCGCGCUCUCGGAAUUCAAAGUCGUCUACAAGAAGCCGGAUCCUUUCAGCUCUAAUGGGGCGAACUCGAUUCAAGUCAACUCUGUUGGUGGUCGGAUAGAAACUACAGCAGUUGUUACCGACCUUGAGGAAGAUCCUAGGAAGCUGUCCUAUGUGCUGGAGCCUUUGAUUGACGUUGCGAAUACGCAGUAUUUCGGCCCUAUCCAGAUCGGGACACCUCCGCAAACUGCAACGGUCAUUUUCGAUACCGGAAGUGCUGAUAUGUGGGUACCAAACUCGAGAUUCCAUCCAUCGAAUUCUACUACAUUCGUGCCCAGUGCAAGUAACAGCUUUCGACGGCUGACAUAUGGUGUGGGUUCGGUGCAAGGUCGUAUGGGGUCGGAUCGUGUAUGUUUUGGAGCUGUCAAGAACGAUCCCAGUAGUGACAUGGUGUCACCCCCUCCAAGGAAUCUGCCCCUUUGUAUUCCGCAUCAGAAUCUGGUAGUCUCGGAGACUAGUAAAGAUCUCGAAGGAGGUUUAUACGAUGGCGUAAUGGGAUUAGGUUUCUCUGCUCUGAGUACUACUGGGACGACAGCUCUGGAAAAUAUCAUCAGUCGCCUUGCAGAACCAGUCCUAGCGUUUUCCUUGAUUGAGGACCCUAUCGCUGCAGCGACGAUGGGCAGUUCGAUCACUUUCGGCGGCUUAGAUGGAGCCAUGUAUCGUCCUGAUACUCUCACGUGGACCCCUCUGGUUGGCCACGUUUACUGGGCUAUGGAGACCGUGUUGGAGGUACUAGAAGAAAAAACACACGAAAAAGAUGGACUUGCCGGGGACGGCGGUGGUGCUGUGAGCGAAGAUGGAAAGAAUGAUGCUAACGAUGAUAUUGGGGCAUUUCCAAGGCAGUUGUUCAUCCAGAGACAGGCAGUAGUGCUGGACUCGGGCACGUCGUAUCUGCUGGUGCCAAGGCCUGACUUUGUGAAAUUCCUGUCGGCGCUGCUUCCCUCUGAUAAACUGGCUGAAUGCUCAGCUCUGAAGCCUAGCAACCUACUGAUAUGCCCAUGCCAGCUGCAGAGGUAUGCGCGGAAGAUCAAUGUACGUGUUGUGUGUAUUAUCGAUUCUCACUGCCCUCGAACACAGGUUUUGGUCGCUAACAGGCAGUUUCCGAUAUUCCCGGCUGAUUACUUCACCGGACCGGCACUGUCUGGUGGGCAAUGUGUCCUGGAGGUUCAGAUGGGCCACGACACGUCUCCAUGGGUAUUUGGUGACACGUUUAUGAAGAAGUUCUACACUGUAUUCGAUGUUGGCCAUUCUCGCAUAGGUUUGGCCGACCGUCUGCAUGUUCCGGAGCACUCAGCCUCACGUAUGGUCGUCAACUCGCCUCUUUUACCCCAGGAGCAAGACGCUCACGGUUUCCGAGAGACCGAACUCGGAGCCCUUGUGGCAGUAGCCCUGGUGACGCUACUGUGUUUUAUGGCGGCCACUUCUACGUCGGUGAGAAGGGCUUUGUCCUGGGUGUAUCGCCGAGAGCCCUCCCCGGCCCGGCGUGGACCAACUGCUGGGGGCUGCUGGCCUUUCUCUACUCCCAAGCGACGAUCGGAUUCGAGGCGGAGUCGUGUGCAGGGAAGCGCCCCACUCAGGUUCCAUCCUGAGUCCUAUGAUGUUGCUCGAAUGCCGAACCUGACAACCCCACUUAUCACUCGGGAACAGCAUCGUGCUCACCGUGGAUAUCGCGCGCCCCAGAGGGGUCAUGGGGAGCCGGCUCGUCCUACUCCUACUACUACUACCACAUUGCCUCCUGCUACUACGUACUACUUCUACUAUCAAGUCUAGCUACAUUGAUUUAUCUCCUCGUCGAAGCGAGUAUUCGAUAGUUUUAUGUUUUCUCCCUCAUUCGUCCACAACUGCUCUCAUUGUGUGUACUCAGCCUCGUGAUUGACUUAUUGUUGAUCGAAUCGCUCGGAAACUGUACUAUUAACGAUCUCUCGAGAUGCUUUUGACAUGUCACAUGGGCCACCUUUCAGUGAUAGUUUCAGGUCUUGUAAUAUCUUUGGCUUGGAGCUGUGGUGCGUGGUCGAGACAUUUCUUCUCGCUAGCUUUUAGCAUACUUGACUUGUGGUAUGUGCUGGAAGUGCGUCCGCUACUACUACCAAAAUAAGACUGAAAUAAGCACACAAUCGCUCCGCCAAAGUGAGCGAUUACCCUCCCAUCAGUCAUCUUUCUAUA